AUGCCAAUUAGAGACUUGCUCAAGAAGAAGGAGAAGAUCGAUAGUGAUGUCGCACUCCAACCUCCUCCCCUGCCUCAGGCAACUCCGUUCACAUUUGUCCGGACCGACACACAUACUGAAGAAUACAUCAAUCCUCCUGGAUUUGACGACGAUCGAGAGCUCGCUACCCCGAUCGAACCCAAGAGUCCUUCUCCUUCGAGACGCUCGUUUGGCCGCUUUCGAAAGAGCCAGAGUCCCGGUGCGGCGGAGCUGUCCUCUCCAGAGAAAGAAAAGAAGGAGCAUCGACGGCUGUCUGAGCGGCUACAUCUCAAUAGAGAUCGUUCUGCUAGCACCAGCUCGGUCAAUCUCCCUGCUGACCUCCCUGAAAUCGCUGAUGCAUAUACCGAAUCUGGGGAUCGCCAAGAGACAGAAGCGAAGUGGGAAGAGCGUGCUACCAUUUUGGCCAGCAAAAGUCCCGCCAUGUCCGCCCAAUCUUUGCCUGGCGAUAUGGACACUCUCAACUUGGGCCUGCCCGGGCAACCUCCGUCCAGGCCUCGAAGUAUCAACGACCCAGAGAGCGACAUUGACAUCCAGAAAGCUAUUCAGCUUCACGAGUCUGGCGACCUCAAGGAGGCAACCGAGAUGUUCCGCCAACUCGCAGAGUAUGGGAAUGUCUUAUCCCAGGUCCUCUACGGGCUGUCUCUUCGGCAUGGCUGGGGCUGCGAGCCAGAUCCUGCAAAAGCAGUCACCUAUCUGUCGGCUGCAGCAUCCAACUCUGCCACCAUUGAAUCCGAUGCCCUGAAAGCUGGAAUGAAAAAGGGAGGCGCCGCCAAAGGAGAGCUUGUGCUUGCAAUCUUCGAACUGGCAAACUGCUUCAGACACGGCUGGGGGGUUCCGGUUGACAAAGUUGCAGCGAGGCAAUAUUAUGAGACGGCGGCAAAUCUAGGAGAUACGGACGCCAUGAAUGAAGCCGCCUGGUGCUACCUCGAAGGAUUUGGAGGCAAAAAGGACAAGUCUGACCCAUAUCGGGAGUGGCACUACGUGGAAUGGGCCCUUUGA